AUGUCUGUCCUGAGAAGCCCAGCCUGGAGAUCGAUUCACUCCCGUGCCACAGAGUACCUCCCCAGCAACCUCCCAGAGUGGACUGAGUCUCAAAGAUCGGUCCGUGAGGCCAUCUCAAAAAUCUGUGUUAAAUACACGGAUGAGUAUUGGCUUGAACGGGACACAAAACACAAGUUUCCGUGGGAACUUUACAAUGACCUCGCUUCGAACGGCUGGCUGGGUAUCUGUCUCCCUGAAGAGUAUGGAGGUGCUGGUCUAGGCAUCUCGGAGGCAGCUGUCAUGCUCCAGACCAUUUCAGAAUCAGGCGCGGGCAUGAACGGAGCGUCAUCGGUCCACAUGAAUAUUUUUGGCUUGGAACCCGUCGCAAAAUUUGGCACAAAGGAGCAGAAGGAACGCUGGCUGGUACCUCUCAUCCAGGGAAAAGAACGAGCCUGUUUCGGAGUCACGGAGCCAAACACAGGGCUGGAUACCCUUCGUCUACAAUCGUCUGCUACAAGAGACGAUGAUGUCUACCGACUCAAGGGGUCCAAAAUAUGGAUAUCUACUGCCCAGGUAGCUGAGAAGAUCCUCAUCCUCGUCAGAACAACCCCGCUUGAUCAGGUCAAGAAUCCGAGUCAUGGCCUCUCGCUCUUCUACACCGACCUGGACCGCUCUGCCGUGACCGUCACCGAGAUCCCCAAGAUGGGUCGCUCUGCAGUUGACAGCAACACUCUCUUCUUUGAGGACUGGAAAGUGCCUGCCAGCGACAUGAUCGGUAAAGAGGGUGAUGGGUUCAAGAUGAUCAUGCACGGAAUGAAUGCAGAGCGAGUGCUCGUGGGUGCCGAGGCGCUGGGAAUAGGCUACGCAGCAUUACGACGUGCCAGCAACUACGUCAAGGAACGUGUAGUUUUCGGUAAUCCAGUUGGGAAGUAUCAGGGAAUACAGCAUCCUCUAGCCGAGUGUUGGAUGAACCUCGAAAGCGCACGAUUGAUGAUAUACCUGGCCGCGCACUUGUAUGAUCAAGGGUAUGAGGACGGCGAGUAUGCGAACGCGGGGAAAUAUCUAGCCUCAGAAAGCGCAUUCAAGGCAGCAGAGAGAGCUAUCCUGUCUCAUGGUGGAAUGGGUUACGCAAAAGAGUACCAUGUCGAGCGUUAUCUCAGAGAGGCUAUGCUCUCUAGGAUUGCACCGAUUAGUGGAGAGAUGAUUAAGAACUACAUUGGUCAGAAGGUCCUUGGACUUCCUAAGAGCUACUAG